GGCAAGCUACGGCGCUGUAACGAGUGUGGUUGCAGGUAUGUCUGGUCGUGGCAAGGGCGGUAAGGGCCUUGGGAAAGGGGGUGCUAAGCGCCACCGCAAGGUUCUUCGUGACAACAUCCAGGGCAUCACCAAACCCGCCAUUCGUCGUCUGGCUCGUCGUGGUGGCGUGAAGCGGAUCUCCGGUCUCAUCUAUGAGGAGACUCGUGGGGUGCUGAAGGUGUUCCUGGAAAAUGUGAUUCGGGACGCGGUUACAUACACCGAGCACGCCAAGCGCAAAACUGUUACCGCCAUGGAUGUGGUGUACGCGCUCAAGCGCCAGGGACGUACCCUUUACGGCUUCGGCGGUUAAAGGUGCAUUUAAUUACCCUACCUUAAAGGCCCUUCUCAGGGCCACCCACUGACUCAGGAAGAAAUAGUGGUCGAGGUUCGAGCUUCACAGCAGUCAAUUGCCCAAUUACUCAGCUUCUUUCGGACCCACCUACAACAGUUGUAAAAUGUGGCAAGUGAAUUAGUUUGUAGGCCAUACUAAGACUAUAAAUGCUCAAUGAAUGUUAGCUACAUUGUGCCCCCUUCCUUUUGUAAAGCAGACACCCCCCCACCGCCAGCGUUCCUAAGUUUUCUGAAAGUUUCGUGAUUGAAACAGUGGGAAAUGCUUGAUUGAAUCAUUUUCUUAAGAUCUUUUCUUUAGAUCUGGGUUUUCAUAAUUCUGAAAAAGGCAGACCUGUAAGAAUAACAUGAAUUAUCUGAGGAGGAAUUCAAGACCGUGAAAGCCACAAAGUAAAUAUUUUAGGUUUUGCAGGUAACAUAUGGUCUCUGUUACAUCUUUAAAAUAUUCUUCAAAUAUAGAGAAACUCUUAGCUUGGCCAUACAAAAAUAAGCCACUGUCUAGAUUUGGCUAUAGUAGGCUAUAGUUUCAACUCCAGGAACCCCUGAAGACAUGAAGCAUGUCAGCCUACAGGUUUUCACAAGAACUGACUGUUGAAUGCAUGAGAGACCCUAAUCAUCAUUGCAUCCAGGGACAAAAUCCUCUCCAAGCUUCCCCCUCCCAAUAAAUAACAAACAUCACCCUCCAUUUCACCUCACAGUCACUGCCUCAGGUCCUUUGGAUGUUAAUGUUUUCCUGAAUUCUCUUAAACUUCUAUAACCUCCACUCACUCCCUUACUAUCCAAUCCACACUUGUAGUCAGGAGGCCAAUUAUUUCACUGAAAGAUACAGGUCUAUCUUCAUUAAAUAUGCAGAAAUAUCCACACUGAGGUCCUACAAAAGAAGGUGUUCCUGACCAUUCAAUUUGUUAAAUGUUGGUGGAGAUGGAGUUUGAGGGAGAGCAGUGGAAAGUGCUGAAGCUCCAAAGGAGGAAAACAGCUUCUGAAAGACGGAGAGAGACCCAUGUCAUCUAAACAGCCUUUCCGGUGUUGCUGGAAGCCCUUGAAUAAUUUUUAGCAGAUUUCAGUUUUUUCCUAAAAUACAUCUCUGGGUUAAG